UUUAUGUUAUUAUACAAACAAAACAAAUUUUAGUUUCUGUUUUGUUUUGUUUCUACUGAAACGAAAACUCCAUCCAUCAUCUCCGGCAACAAGAAUGGCGAAGCUCACACCUUUCUUCUUCCUUUCCUUUCUCAUCAUCUCCUCGUCCCUUGCUUUCCAAUCAGACGAGUUUGGUCUCGAAGGAGCACAACAACAAACUCCCACUACACGCAAACGGUACUCAGAUCCCGAUUCGGAUUCCAAAGUCCAUUUCAGUCUCGAACAUGCCUUCGGCGACUCUGAUUUCUCCCCCGCCGGCACUUUCUCUGCUCGCCUCAAAUCCUGGAGCCAUGGCGGAAAGACUUUAACGAAGCUGAGGUUCUCAAGGAAUGGUUUCUCUGACGAAGAGAAAGAUACUUUCAAAAAUCUGUUGAAAGGAGAUGACUUUUAUAGGAUUAGACUUCCUUCCAAUGUCAUCAGCCCACCAGGGAAAGAGUUUGUGGUUGCAUCAGUUAGAGCUAGAUGUCUACCACGGGAUGGCUUGGAUGAGCAUUUCGUUAUUCACAUGGAAGGUGCCAACGUCUUGGCAGUUAGUUAUGGUUCUCUUGGGGCGUGUCAAUAUCCUCGACAGUUCAAACUUCCAGCAAAAUGGUCUUUCAACUCCCACACGAUUCUGAAGAGUAGUGAGCAGGCACCAAGAACUCCAAUAUUCACUGAGGAGAUUCUAGGCGGUGAAAAUGCAGAGGGCGAGGUUGAACCACCACCAGAGAAAUCAUUUUGGGCGAAAUAUUGGAUGUACUUGAUACCACUGGGACUCGUUGUGAUGAACGCCGUGACACAAGCAACAAACAUGGCUGAAGAACAAACAGGUGGUCAGGCAGGAGGGUCACAAGUGCAGCAAUCAGCCAGGAGAAGAUGAUUUCGAUUUUACUUCACACAAAGCAAUCAAAGCUUUUGUUGUUGAACCUGCAUGCAACUGGUAAAAGAUGAAGAUUCAACGGAUCUCAUGUCUUGGCAGUUUCUUUAUGGAAACCAUCUUUUCAACAAGAAGAAAGCGAAUUUACACUAUGGUUGGAAAAAAAAUCUAAAACCAAUUUGAUGAAACAUCAACUUCUUUUUUACACAGCUUUCUUUCAUUUAAACUUAACUUUCAUGAUUACAAAGAGAAAAAAGGAAUUUCACAUCCUCUUUGAUAUGUCUACUGCUUCAACCACUCGUCGUUAUGUUACAUAAUAUAUUGUCACCCUUGUGAAUGCACCAAUACCGUGGAAA